AUGUCUAAACUCUCAAGCUGGAUUGGUGGACGUGGUAGUGUUGCCGCUAAAUUAUCGCCGGGCCUGGGUCAGAAAUUAUCGCCAGGCCUGGGUCUCUACGGUAGAGAGAGAUCAGCAAGCGGGAAACGGAAGAGUGAACUUGACCGACCCCGACCUCCUGAGGCUACUGAGGCUCCUGAGGCGUCGGGCAGCGGCGUCCUUGUCGGUGGGCGGACAGCGGUCGCGCGGGAAACAAGUGGAAUCCGGGAUUAA